AUGGAACAACCACACGAAUGGAUAAAAAAACAUUUUGGAACACCUCCAUUUUGUUAUUUAUGCCAUCAGUUAAUAUGGGAUGUUGGUAAAAUUGCCUAUUAUUGUAAAAUUUGUCAUUUAGCAUGUCACUUAGAAUGUAAAAAUUCAAGACAUUCACACAUUUUAUCAUAUUGUAGUAUAGUUAAACACGAUUGGAACAAAGAAAAUUUUGAAUCUACAAUGCAGUGUAAUGGUUGUAAUAAUUUUAUAUUUUCAUCAAAGGCUAAACCAACUGGGUAUGGUUGUUCAAAGUGUAAUUUAAAAUGUCAUAAAAAUUGCAGAAACCUAACAAAUAAAUGUGAAUCAUAUAAAUCAUCAAUAUUAAAUACAAUAAAGAAAUCAAAAGAUUAUGGUUAUGGUUUAAGUAAAGAUAAAGAUAAGGAUAAAGAAAAAGAAAAAGACGAGUCAAUUAAUUUUGAAAAUAUGACAUUGGGGGGAAAUGAAAGUGGGCUAACUGCAUCAGGCAUAAGAUUAACAAAAUCUAUCCAACUUUCACAAUCCAUAAACCCGAUAAUAUUUCCAUCUUCACCAUCAUCAUCAUCAAUAUUAUUAACCUCCACUUUUGUAAAUAAUAAUAAUAAUAAUAAUAUUGGCACGGAUAAUAAUAGUAAUCUUAAUGUAAAUAAUAACCCAAAAACUCUUUCAAGAUCAGUAGAUCACUCACACUAUUUAAAAAAUAAAUCACCUUCUAAUAGUUUUGGUAAUUUAAAAGAUCUUUCUUCACAAGCUUUACAAAAUAUACAAAAUAAAGAUAAAGAUAAAGAAAAAGAGAAGGAAAAAGAAAAAGAAAAUUGUAAUAAUAAUAGUAAUAGUAAUAAUAAUAAUAGUAGUAAUCAUUUAGAUGAAAAUUUAAAUGAUUGUAUGUACGAAUUAGAAAAUAUUGGGUUAGUAGAUUUACCACAUCAAAAAAAUUUAUUUUUAGAGAAAAUUAAAAACUUUUUAUAUGCGGUUACAAACACCACAGCCACUAUUACAAUGACACCAACAAUAAACGAAGAGAAUAACAAAUUAAAUUCAUCAAUACCGAUUAUAACAACCACUUUUGUUGAUCAAAACGAAGAAGAGCAACAACCAACUCAAUCACAGCCACAACAGGAACAAGAACAAGAGCAAAGUCCAUUCAAUAUAAAUUUAAUAAAAUUCAAAAGUAUUUCUGAACUAUACCAUUUUGAAAUGAUUUAUUUUGGAAGAAUUAGAAGUCAAAAGCAAUUUGAAUUAUACAAAACUCAAAUCGAAUACUUUUUAUUAUUAUAUUCAAGUCAAUGGGAGGAAGAUAGCGACCCAAUAUUUAGAUUAGCAAUGGACCUUUAUAAAUUUAUUUCAACACAUUAUCGUUUGGAUCCAGAAAAUAUAUUAAUGGGUAUGACCCCAAGUAAAGAUAUUCAACGUCGUGCAAAAAAGUAUUUUUAUGUCAAUGACAACGAGGCUAAUAAUAACAGCAACAGCAAUAAAAAGAACAAAUGGGACCUAAGAAUUUCAAGAUCAUCUUUAAUUUCACACAUAGAAAGUUGGUCAAAUAUCGAAAAUAAAGAAUUACUUUUUAAAACUGUUAAAGAAUUUUCAAAACAAUUAGAAAGUGAAAAGUUUAAUGAAGGUGAUAUUAUAAUUGCGAAAUUACCAAAGGGCUGGAUACAUAAUAAAAACAAUUAUUAUACCCAAUCAAUACCACAAUUAAGUUUAUUACAACCACCUCAACAACAACAACAACAACCAAAUAAUUUACCACCAUCAUUUUUAAAUAAUGUUUCAACUUCACCAAAUUUAAAAUCAAUUCAACAAAAUAACCAGCAACAAAAUAAUUAUAAUCAACAAAAUCAACAAAACAAUAAUAUAUUAUUGAAUGAUCCAAAUCAUCACGAAUUUGAUGAAGGUUCCUUUAUUUUGGGUAGAUAUAUUAAAGAAGCGGAUCCAUUAGGCUUAAAUUGUUUUAUUUAUUUACAACCUGACGAGACCCAUCCAAUCAAAAUUCCUUUAUCCCGUAUUGUAUCAUUAAAAGCAUUAGAUAUAACUUUACCAACCGAUGCAUCAAAGUCUAGAAUUGAAAGAUUAAUAACCAAUCCAUUCGACGCUUUCACAUCAGAGCUUAGACAGGCAAUAAAAGAUACAUUAAAAUCACGUCUAUUGGAACGUGGUUAUGAUGUGGAUUUAAUAGCCCAAACCCUUCAUUUCAAUGGAUCAAAAUGUGUAUCGUUAGAAGAUUUAGAGAAUGUACGUAGAAAACUCUUAGCUAUCGAGCAUGAAUUCCCAAGCUAUUUAGAAUCAAUUAAUCAAUUAUCAUAUCAACAUAUUCAACAUUUUUCGCAAUAUUUAAAAAAAAUAUUCAUUCAAGAAAUUAAAGGACAACAUAAUUUAUUUUAUAAUCAACAAAAGCAUCAACAACAACAACAACACCAGGACUUAUUAGCUCAACAGGAAGAGGAGUUAUCGGUAUUUGUAAAUGAAUUUAAUCAACUUAUUAACCAUCAACCAUCAAUCAUUAUCAAUCAUCCACAACCAAUCUCAGCUACAUUAUCAUCAUCAUCAUUAAAUUCUUUGUUUGAUAACUAUAAUAACAAUAACAAUGAUUCAUUUAGUUUAAUUAAAAAACAAUAUAUAAAAUUUAAACCAUAUUUACCAACACUUAGAAUGAUGAUAAAAGAUCUCGAAAAUGAAGGUAAAAAAUAUAGUAUUAGUGCUAAAGAUGCUCUUCAAGUAUUAUUAUCAGAAUGUGACUUGGCUAUCGAAACAGUUUUAACAUUUAAUUCAAAGAUCACAGAUGGCUCAAAAAAGAAAGAAAUUACAAAUUGGUAUUUGCAAUUGAUCCGUGACUCAAUCGAUUCCUAUAUUCGUGGUUUAGGUUAUGACCCACAUGCCCUACCAGAGAACUAUAUUGACGAACCACCCAAAUCCCUCUCAAAAGUACGUGAAAAUCUUCGUAUUAUAAAUAUUGUCUUAAAACCUCAAACCAUAUCAGAAAUGGAUCAGAGAUUAAAUAGUUUAAUUAUACCAUUAAAAAAGAAGAUAUAUCAUUCAUUGGACGAAUUUUUAUUUUCAGCAGAGAUAUUACUAAAUGAUAAAUUACGUGAAAAUAAAUCUUUAUUUUCUUCAAAUUUAGAAUUGGUAAAUGAAAUUUUCGAAAAAGAAAAUGAUGGCUCAAGAUUUUAUUACAUCGAAACAGAAGCUUUAAAACCAAUUAUAACAUUUUUAAAAUCAAUUUAUAAUAAUACACCUUCAACUACAAAUCCCACCAACUGCAACCAAAGUUUAUCAUCACCACCGCCAGCAACUUCAACCUCAUCCUCAUCGUCGGUAUCCCCAAUUGCUUUGAAUAAUGUAAAAAUUAACUCAUCACCAAGCAAUUCGUUUACAAAUUUUAGUCUUUCUUCACCAAUUGAUCAAAACAAUCCAAAUCAUUCAAACAACCCCACAAUGGGCCAUUAUCAACAAAAACAUCAACAAACUGUAGGAAAUUUAUUAAAAUUAAUUUAUUUGAUCGAAGAUAUAAUAUAUAUAAGAGAUAUGAAGUAUUUAGAAGAAAAAUUUUACAACUCUCAAAUUUUAAUGGAGAAAACAAUGAUUUCUCAAAACGAUUUAAAAAACAAUCAAUCGUUAUCUCAAAUUGUUCCAAUAACAGGUUUGGUAUUUAGUAGAAUUUUACGUUUAAAACAUGAAUUAAGAACAGUUUUAGAAGUUUGGGAUAUAAAGUUUGAGCAAAAAAUAAAUAAUAACGGUUUAAAUGGUAGUAAUAAUAGUAAUAGUAGCAAUGUUAGUAAUACCAGUAAUAUUAGUAAUGUUAGUAAUGUUAGUAACUCACCAAAUUUAUCUAGCCAAAAUAAUCAAAACAAUCACACCCCAAUUAGUAAUAAUAAUGGUCAUAUAAAUCAUAGUGUAACCUCACCAAAGUAUCAUAAUAUAAUAAUUGGUAAAAAAGAUGAUUUAGUAAAUAAAUCUCUAAAUAACCACUCAGAAUCGAGAAUGAAUACUUUAAGAAAUGAAGGUCAUAAUAUAGUUUUGGAAGAUCAAUUGAUUUCAAUUUAA